AUGGCUAAACGAGACCCGUCGACCGCCAUGAAGUAAGCGGCUCACAUUGGAUUAAGUUCCGCGGCACGUUUUAUUAUACCUAACCUAACCUAACCAGUGCUGAAUUCAAAGAAUUUCUCUACGGAGCGCUCACUUUUUUCUCGUUGGUCAUUUCUAUGUAAAUUGAAAAGAGUACCGAACGCAAUGCAUUUAAUAAAUAUAUUUUGAUGGCGGUUAUUGUAUUUGUCAGGGGGGCGAAUGGAAUUUUAGAGGGGGCAUUCGUCCUUCCCCUGGAGUAUACCUGAAUUUUACACUGGUUGUUUCGCUCCGCUCAGGGUCUAAAAAAAAGGCGGUUUUGUGAACGAAGGGAUAUCAAGCGGGUGGGGAGGGGGUAUCGGUGACGACCCCACGAGUUUGUGAACAUUUCUUUUAGGUUUGCGGUGGUCUGUGUUAUUUGUUUUGGAAAGUCUGCCCGGCUAUUUUUACGCCGCUUCGGAGCCGCCGGACGGGGUUUCGCGGGCAAAACGUUCCCCGUACACGUUACGGCCGCAAGACGCUUAUCUAUAUUCCGUUCACGAUUAUUCAGACGGCAUAAUAACGGCUGUUGCUGCGCAGGGCUGCGAGAUUCUGCGGGCCGCGCGAAGUCGCCGACAGAACCGGCGGUUAAUCCCGCCGCCCGAGCGUUUAUUCGUCGUCGUCGAGUGCCGUCUAUCGGGCAAAAGUCGUAAAUCGUACGAUUUCCGCCCUUUCUCUCCGAUUCCUCUCGCACGCGCCUACCCGCAGUACUAUCCGCUAUCUCUGUCCCGACACUCGGGCCGGCCCGCCCGUCCUCCGAACGCGAAAAUCCUCGCGUUUCCCCGCCGCCGCCGCCGACGCGCGAAAACGGUUUUAAACGUCCGCGCCGCAGACGAUAUCGCUCCGGCACGGGCGCACGGGACGGUCCCGUAAUAGAGGAAAAAAGCAAAAAAAAAAGUCGAAAUCGGUCGUGUGCCGCGCGUAUAUACGCUGCAAUAUAAUACCAAUACCUGUCUGCGUGCGUUGUCGUAUACCGCGUUCGGGACCCCGACGGGGGCGGGGGGGAGGGGAGGGAGGAUAGUGUCGACGAUAAAGACGGAUUUAGCGUUUUUUUCGUUUUUCGCGCGUGUACGCCACUGUACCGCCGCCGCCGCCGAUCGACGUCGCAUUAUAAUAAUAUAUACGAUUGCUUUUUCGCCGUCGUCGAUCCGCCCGAGUUUCACGUGUUUUACGCGUUUACACGUCAUAGUGUGCACCGCACAUUAUGACUUCGAGUACGCACGACUUCGGUAUAAGCGUGAAAGUCGCAGUGCUAUAUAGGCGACCCGAAACGACAAUGGGUUUUGUGAAAAAUACUCCGCGCGCUAUAUGUAGAGAUGCGCCCGCGGCAUCCGUCAAUAAUCCGCGUAUAAUAUACGAGAUUUAUCGUUUAUCCGCAUUACCGCGUAAUCCGCAUUGUAUUUUUUAUCCCGUCGACAAACGACUCGAUAUUUUUUAACGUGAUCCACUCUCGCCGUGGGUUUAUUUUGUUAUUUUUAUUAAUUCAUGACGGGGCGAAUCUCCCGCACAACGAUGUACGAUGUCCGACCCGCGCGUCACACUGUCCUCCUCGAAAACGCCGAAACUCCUCUCGGGCGACGGUGCAAUUUUCUGGAUUUUAUCGUCGCUAUCAAUACUCCGCAGACAGACAACAACCGAGCACGGCAGUCGUAUGCUUUAGGUAAUGUUGUUGUUUCACGUCGAAAAACCAUGGUAAAAAACUAAACAACUGUCGCAACGAAAAGAAUCGAGCGUGCGAUACUUGUUUUCAAUAAAAUAUACGCUAUUUCAGUUAGCAGCGAUAUUAUAAUUUUUUGAUAACGCUUUAAGUAAUUUCAAUUUUAUGAUAUCAAAAUGUACAAUAUGUACCGCGAUCGGUCGAUAGUGUUGCUUUGUAAAAAAUAUACUUAUGUCUUAUUAUGGUAAAACAAUUACAUAUGCAUUAAACAUUUUUUAUAAUAAUAUUUGUUUAAUAUUAUACCUAUUUUUCUGUUUUUCCUGCGUUUUUUCUCGGUUUUACUCGUUUAUUGGGAUGGGGGGGGGGAACGACCUCCUUAAAAUAUAUUUCCAGUCCGAUUUACUUUCAUAAAAAGUGCUAUCAUUGUUAAUCUGCGCAAAAUUCCUGGUAGAAAAGUUGUCCACAGAAAAAAAAUAAAAAUAAAAAAAUAAAAGUCAUUAUCACUAUAUUCUUUGCUCCAUUCCGAAUCCAAAAAUAUAAAACGAUAAAAAUGUUUCAAAAAAUACUACUAAUACUAAAGUUAAAACCACGGCCACUUACCUUGUGGUUACGCUACUGUUACGCGUGCAUAACCGUUUCGACACCGAGUAAGUAUUUUUAUCGCAGAAUCAUCGCCGCAUUUUAAUAUACACAUUGUACAAAGUUUAAUUUAUUAUUGAUAAUGAAUAACAAUUUUUCUCUAGAAAUUAUCGUUAUUUAUUAAGUUAAUAAUCGCGUUUUUUUUUCAGAAGUGUUUUUGGAUUCUUAGAAAUUGCAGUAAUUUCUCAACAGUUCUACGGAUUACAUUCGAAAAAAAAAAAUAUCAGUAUCUAAUAUUCUAAUCGGAUUGUAAAAACAUGUUGAUUUUAUUCGUGAAACUGAACAAAACUGUCUUACCGACUGAUGACGUAGUAAAAUUAUGUUACUUUAGAACAUAAUUUGUGGUUUUUCGGUUGAAAUUAGAGUUUAAACAAAAAUAACACAAUUUAAAGAGAAGAAUAUUUACGAGGGACGUGCGUGGUUUUUUUUUAAAAAAAAGAAAAUUGUUAUACAUAAAAGUUAAAGCUUUUUAAAAAACCAACUCGACUAUAAAUCUUCUCAUGUCAUUUUUUUUUUUCGUAAAAUCUACGUAUAGUACUCGGAAAUAUUUUCCCGUUAAAUUUUGUUUUCCAUUUGUGUUUAACUGAAAUUUCUAUAUAAACGUUAAAUUUUAUAUUCGAAGUAACAUAUUUCUUCUAGUCUCUAGAUGCAAAUAGACUUUUUUCCUUUUAGAAGAAUAAUAAAGUAAUCCCGUCAGUCCUUGAAAUGAAAAUAUUCCGGAGAAUAUACGGACCGAAAAAAAAAAACAAAUAAAAAUAUCACUCAAGAAUAUGGAACAAAACGUAAUAGGUACGCGAUUACGUAAACUUUACAAGGAACAAGACUCGCAUAGACUGAUAGUCAUGGUGCAUAUGGACGUUUAAUGGAAUCAUGGAGCCGGUUUUAUAGAACGGAAACCCGAUGGUGUAUUGCCGCCGGGUGAAUAAAAACAGUAGAGAAUAAUGUAGACAAAGUCGAGAAGGAUCUAAUGGAAAUUGGAAGAAAACACGGAGAGGCAAUAGCUAUCGGGAUAGGAAUAGACGGAAGCAGAAACGCGUGUUGCGGUAAUGGACCUUUAACGGUCUUAAAAGCCAAUAGGAAAAAAAAUAUAUGUAUAUGCGCGUGUAGUACACUAGUACCUCAAAAGAACAGAAAAUGUAAACCGAUUUGAUAUCUAAGCGGAUCGCGCGAUAGUCGAAAACUUCUCUCUUUGCUUUUAAAAAUCGGAAAACCUUCGCAAAACUGUCUAUACGAAUAAAACUACAGACAUAACGACUGAAUUGCAGCGAAUCGUUUCCGAACGCUAAUAUUAUGCGCCGUAAUUAUCGCGUUAAGUCGUACAAUAUUCUUUAAAUAAAUAUUUAUUACCGGUUACCUUGAAAUUCGAAAACCGACCAAAGUCGAAAACCGCUUUUUUUUUCGUUUAACAAGCAAAUUUUUUACGCGAAUAAUAUCGUGUAGGUACUGUCAAUACACAAUGUGUAGUAAAAAUAUGUACAUAAUUUUAUACAUUUAACAUUAUUGUAAUGCGCCGAUUUCGUCUACUGAUUAAACGAAUAAAACGUCUCUUUCGCAAUCUGAAGUCGCGCGCUUACGAUAUAACAAAAAAUAUUUUACUUUUUCAAACGUAUUAUAAUCGAAAACAGAAUUUCAUCGUUAUGACCGAAAUCCACCUACGAGGCGCUGUCUUAAACCAGCUUUGGAAAACGAGGAACUGUAACAUAAAACGCUUUAAUUAUAUUAUUUUGAACUCGCUUACUUCGCGGAUCGAGAAAAGGCCGGCGGUUAACACGACAAUAAAGUCGACGGACGGUGAAGUUAGGUUUCGGCCAAGUUAGGUUCGCGGACGAAAAAUGCGAUAAUAACCGCGCGGUUUUUGAAAAAUCAGUUAAAAUCUAAAUGCCACGCGACCUGUACGACGAUAAUGAAACUAAUUGUUAUUGUUUCGCGAACGGAAGACGGAAUAAAGAAAGUCGAAAAAGACAUCAAUAACCGUCGACCCCGGCCAAUUAUUUCGUAUCGCCCGAAAUCGAGUAACGUUUAUCGGUAUACCGAUACCUGAAUACGGUCACCAUACGCGUGUACCAAAUUAAUGCAGUCUUUGGUCAUUAGUUUUGGGCUACCUACCUGGUAAUUAAUUAUCGUAGCGACGACGUCCGCCCGUGGCGUUCCUUCGCGACAAUUAACCGCGGUAUUAUAUUCUUAAACGAGUUACAAAUGUUUACAACGAUAAUUGAUUCGAAACCGAGUAAUACAACAGGUAUACUUACCGAGGAAAUUUGUUUGGGAAUUUUACCUACGAUAUAUAGUCGGCACACUCGCGUAUUACAUUAUAUACUGCAGUAAAACACCAUUGAACAGUUUGAAAGCGAUUGGAUACUCGUAAUAUUCUUAGGUGAGUAAAUUUUAAAAAAUGUCUAUUAAUUUGUCUGUAUUAUCAUGCAAAAUAUCUUAUUAUACUCACCUAUGUGUUGUUUCUAAAUAUCUCAAUCAGGAGCGUAGCACGGAUAGUAGGAGGGAGGUCCGGUAAUUCUGAACUCCCCGCUAAAAAAAAAGAAAAAAAAAAAAAAAGAACCGAUACUGUUGAUGGGUGUGCCACAGCUGUUGUAGGUGGAUAAUUGGAACGGUAGAACAUACAAAGUUUUCGAAAACUACGAGACAAAUGGAAUAAUCGUUUUUUAAAAAAUUUUCAUUUUCUAUACAACAAUACAACAAAAUAUACAUAUUUAUCGUAUACACGUUUUAUUGAACCUCUUCCGAAAAAUACCUAGACACGUGAGUUUUAUAAGCCGUAGGCCACUCCCCUUGGAAAAAAGUUGAAAAUAUACUACUGAUCUCAAUAGAUUGAAUAUAGGUUAGGUUAGGUUAGGUGGUGAUGUUAAAAAAAAAAUUAACGUUUUAUAGUAAGACUUUCACAGUUGUUGCAUUAAGUUUUAUUAUUAUUCAUUUAAUUAAUUUAUGAUUUACUAAGAUAUAUCUACAGAUAUAAUAAUUAUAGCUGUUUAUUUAAUGUUUUUUUUUUUUUUUUAUUAAGAUUUUAUGAACUUUGAUGUAUUGCGUUACAACUUUUAUAGAUUAUUUAUCUUGUUUAUAAAAGUUAAAUUUUAUGAUUUAUUAUUAUUUACACUUAUAUUGUAUUCUCUCUUAUGAUAUAUUAGAUAUUAUGUAUUUUAUUUAUUAGUCACGGUGAUUUAUUUUUGAAUUCGAUGUCUAUAUAGUUAGUAAACAAUAUUCGUUCUAUAAAAUGACGUCCGUGAAGUUGCCACAACCGCUUUGCGCUACAGACUUCGAACCUUAGUCAAUAUUUCGCAAAAAAAAAAAAAAAAAAAUAUAUGUUUGUACAUUCAACCAUAGUAUAUUGGCGUAUGAAUAAUUAUGGGGGAAAAAUAGAUUUAGUUCUACACGUUUCGACGGUGAAAACAAUUUCUACCACAAGUAAUAGUGUAAAUUUAAUCAAUGUUUGAACUAAAUGUAAUUUUGAAAUUCGCGAAUUCUUCCCCUUUGCGUUCAAGCAGCUGUCGGGUCGAAAAGGGCGCUUAUAUGAUUUAAUCUGACAGUCUCUCCUCCUUUCAUCCCCCGUCCGUAUCGCUCUUUUGUAUCACGCCAAAGGCCGACAAAAAGGUGCUCGCCAGAACGAGACGGUACAAAGAGACGCGAGAAAUAAAAGUGAAAAAAAAGCUGGCGUUUCCAAUUUUGUUUGCUGUUUUGAAUAAUUCAUAAACGUUUAUUUUUAUUAUUAUUACUAUUUUUUUUUCCUUUAUUGUAAUCAAUUGUUACCGGUCUGGCAUGUUAAUGAAAUUCAAGUAAUUCCGCCUUUUUUUUCGUGUGUGUGUGUGCGUUUUUUGACGUCAUCCCGCAAAAAUUUGUCAAUAAAUUACGCGGCGACGACGGGGGCCCGAUUAAACCGCGGUCAGACGCACCCGGACGUCCGGUUUCUCGUAUAAGUUAUGGCUCCGUCAGGGGUUUUGCGCGCGUAGGCCGGGAAAAUUCAAUUUUUGCAUUUAUACGAUUCCCGUAUAAUUUUCAUGUACGCCCGUCGGAAAACUGAAAUUCCAUGUGUUUCGGAACUGUAUUUUAUACGAGCGUUUCCUGAUAACGGGCCAAACGGCAUUCGACAAAAUCCAUAUACAAACAUAUUACAAUAAUGUAAAGCGAUUCUGCUGCAUGUUAUACCGAAUUACCGACCGUACAUUAUUAUUAUAUAAUUUUUCACAUAUACAUAACCACGGAAAAUCAACAGAUAAAACUCUGUUUAUGUAUACGGUCUAGGGGCUUAUUAUACUGCUGUUACUAUUUCAAUAGAACUGUAUAAGUAAUUAUUUAUUGCCAGCUAGUUUUAAUUUUACAGUAUAUUGUUGUUUAAAUGCAGAAACGAAAUAUUAUAGAAAUCGUACGAAUACAAUACAAAAUGUAUAUAAGUAUUUGUGUGUGCGUACCUACAACAAUAUACGAGUGCACACAUAUUUUUUGAAGGUUAGGUAAAUAAGAAAUUAAUGAUAAGAAUCGUUUUAAAAUAUUAAUAACUAUACUGUAUAUUGUCGAAAUUUGAAUUAUUUAUGAUUGCGACAACAAUCAAAAUUUAUAAAAAAAUAUCUAAACAACCAUGCCAAAGAAAGAAGUUUUCGGUAUUUUCAUCUGCGGUCCGAAAGAAGACGCGUGCAGGCCGUCGUCUCGUUGCGUUGAUCCUGACAACCGAACAGUUAUAAUCCCUGCCUAAGUCAUUUCUCUCAAGUUUUCAAAAUGAUCAAUUGAAAGUUUACAAAAUACUUUUUCAAGUAGUUUUAUUAUUCUCAGUAGGUAUUUUAUACACAUCAAACUAUUGCGUGAUAUUCAUAUAAACGAUUCGAGACAUAAAAAAUUAAUAUAUUUUUGUUUCCAAAAAUUUACUCAAGUCCUUUUUCCAAAAAACUGCUCUUCGUGUGUUUUUUUUUUGUGAUUAAAAUUCUCCGAUUUUUUCACUCAGUGUCAUAAACAAAUAUUAUUUAUAUCUUUUUAUUUUUAGGCUUUAUACUUAUCUACUAUAUACCUAUAUUACUAUAUUACUACUAUUAGUGCUCUACUGAGCACUAAUAAAAUGCCGCGCGUCAUACCGCCACACUAAUGUUACUGCACCCACUAUCUAAACAUAGGAUACUCCUUAAAUGUUGUGAAAAAUCUAAGCACCUUCAAAAAUAUCGGCUUUGACUGUACACUCGAAAAUUCCAAAAACCGCAAUUCGUCAAAUUUAACCGAAAAAAAAAUGGGGAGAUCACGUUCAGUGAAUUGUCCUGUAUAAUAUAUAUAUAUAUAUAUAUAUAUAUGUGUGUGUGGGUGUGUGUGUUUGUGUACGUGUAAAUCGUGUUUCGCAUGCAUCUCCGGGACGUUGAUUUUCUAUACCCUUGGAAAUAACGCACACAAAUUUCUAUUUAGAACGCGGUCCGCGGCGCUGGCGCGCAUGCGAGGGGGGCGUCGGUGAGGUAAUCCGUUUAAAUUCGGACGGACAUUUGAGAGUUACGCGGGCGCGCACGCUACGCCACAUACGUGAUUAAAGGCGGUGGUGUGGCCGUAUAUAAUAAGCAGUGAAUCGGGGAAAUAGCGAGGGGUAAACAAAAUAUUAUUAUUGUCCGCUGAAAUAUCGCGUUUUGGAAACGUGUUCGUGAUCCGGCGACGUCAGUCGGUCAUAUUUAUGCAUGCCACUCUAUUAUAUUGUACACUAUACAGGUGCGUGGACCCCGAAAACUACAAUAACCUCACAAAGACGCGGAAGAGAUGUUAGAAUUUUCUCGAAAACAAAUUUCCGGAACGAUCCGAACAAAAUAAAUUUUUUCUUUUUUUUUAGGGCCGAAUUGAUGUAUUUAGGUGAUGUAUUUAAGUAGGUAUCCUCACCUUUAUUUUUGGGUGUGAAAUCACUACUUAUUUAUGAUUUUAAAAUGACAAUCUUUAUUUAAAACUCAAUAAAUACACGAAGUAUUAGUUAAAAUACAUUAAAGUGUUGACAAUUUUGAUUUUCACCAAUCCGUUGAUAUUCCACUUUUAAAUUUGCGUUAGAGAAGAGUAGUGGUGCAUUAUUAACAAACCGCGUGCAUCUAUUCAUUGAGUUUUAAGUAUAAGUUUCCAUUUGAAAAUCAAAAGUAGGAAGUGGUUUUACUCCCAAAAAUAAAGGGUGACAAAAAAUAAGAUAAGUAUAAAAUUGUAGAGCAGCUUGUUUCUUAAAUGCUCUAGAAAACAAAUUCCGAAAACAUUAAUAUUUUUCGAGAUAAUGAGCGUACCCACUUAAAUUUAUUACCUGGCACUCUGGAAAUUGAUUAAAUUGAUUUCGAAGGACUCGGGAGCGGGUUUCCAAAUACUUUGUCAAAGAUUUUGUAAAAUUAGAAAAUUGUCCGGCUUUUUAUAAUGGCACGCCUUAAUAAUGUAUGCACACGAUGAAAAUAAGAUCCUAACGUCCGAUCAAAAUUUUUUAAAUGUGUACCUAUAGAUUCGUUGACAAAUCGUCUAGAUUAUUUGAGAUAUCGAUUUUUCGGUUUAGUGAGCCGAAAAGAAACUUAUUAAUGCGGUUAUAUCGUGGAAUUUUCAAAAAUAAUAAUUAUAUUAAUUUUGGAGUCUUCAAAACUGAAAAUUUAAAAUCUGCUUAAAAAUGCAAAUGUAUAAUACACAUAAAUCAAAAUCGUUUAAUUUCCCAUCGCGUAUGGGUCUAAAACUUGUUAAUAAAAUUAAUUUUUAUAGGAAUCGAUAUAGACGUGCACAGAAUAAGAAAUUCCAAAUAUGAACUUUCGAAAUUAUAUUAUACUAGCUGCCUCGCACUGAUUUGGCCGCGCACAGUUAUUGAACGUAGACAAUUUAAAAAUAUAAAAACGUUUCCUCUCGUGACUCCAAGUUUUCAAUCCAUAUCUAUCACAGAACCUAACCGUUGUUUCUCGGUUUGAAUUUAUUAUUUUCAAAUAGUACACAUUCGUCCUUCACAAUAGUAAAUUAACCCAUUUUAACUUUUUUUUUUGUUUUUUGUUUUAUCCAUGUCGCCAAAGUGACCUAUAAAUCAACAAAAAUAAUUCGAUUUUCACCCAUCUUUCGGGGGCUGAAUUUCGGAAUAAAAGUAUCCUAUGUGUUAAUUUAAUUUUAUCGGUGUAUCAAAUUUGUUCAGCCGUUUUGACGUGAUUAAAUCACAAAUAUCGAAAAAUAGAGACUGUUGCUCUAUAUUGUGUUUGUAAUUUGUUACUAUGUAAUACAUAAAUAUACAUUUGGACACUUUUAGUGGCUCCCUUUGGACCGAAGAAUCUCUGGAAUUUAAUUUGUUUACAUGUGGAUUUUGGGAGGAAGGUGUUUUUUUUACCUUUGUGCACUUCUAGGGACUCUUAAAAUUAAUCUGUGAUUAAGAUGUGUCUUUUGGCGGUUUCAACUUUCAACCACCACUUCAAAUAUUUCUAUGCUCCGAUUUCAUGUUUUCACAGGAAAUAGCGGAUUUUAAAUAUCCUUACGGACUCAUGAAAGUAAGUUACUUGAAUAAAUAAUAUUUAUAAAAUUUAUAUAUAAUAUUAUAUUUAAUAAAUAUAAUAUUUUUGUUGAUUAUAUACGCCUUUAGAAGACUCAAACAUCCAGUAAUCCCGUCGUUUGUUUGCAUAUUAGAAAACGUUUCGAAAAUUAUUACUUUACGGCUAUUUCGACAGAACUUUUUUUUAUUAAAUUAAGAAAAAAAUUAUACAAAAAAAAAACUUGAAAUAUUUUGACAAAAAAUUAGCCGAGGGAAAAUUAGACUCUGCAGCGACUUGUAGCUCUGUUGCUCGGUUUUUCAUUUUCUUAGGUUUCUCAAUUAUUAUGCCCACCGGUUUGUUUCAAUUUCCCGACUUAUACGCGAUACACACAUACGCUACCUAUGUAUAUAAUAUGAGGCGUCUACAGUGAAAAUACUAAACGGACGAGGAAAUGUGGUGGGAGGGGGCGGGUAGGGGACCGAAUAUUUACAUAAUAUUAAUAAAAAGAAAACAGGGUCGCGCGCGUCCGAGAGUCUGUGGCGGCUGAGAACAAGAGCUGGUGGGAGACGGAGAACGUAUACAUAAUAAUAAUAAUAAUGUACGAAAUCGCGUGUUAUCAAAUCACACGGUCACCGCAUUGUCCGUUCGGCCGGUUGUCCGUUUUCGAUGUGGCGUCGCGGUCGUUGUUUUUUAAAAAAAACCGAUUUUUUAUAUCCGAAACUCUCGAUUGGUAUACAUAAUAUAUAUAUAUAUAUAUAUAAUAUUACGUGGAAAAAAAAAUAUUAAUAAUAAUAUUUAGUUACGUUUUUCGAGAGUGCUGUUUUAUUAUUAUUGUUUGUUUUCCGGCUGUAGACGGCGACGGUGCACGCAGUACCUAUAUAAUAUUAUUAUUAUUGUUUUUGUAGUGCAGUGUUUACUUUUUACCCCUCGAAAAAUAUGGGCAGCGGCCUUUGCAGAAGGUCAGGCCGAGGAAGACCCCGGCCGGCGAUGCCCUCGCAAGCGAAGCCCCGGGCUACGGGGGUCGCGGACGGACUUUACCGGAAGAUGGUUUUCAAUUAUGCGAAACAGGUAAAAAAAAAAAAAAACAUAACCCCGUUGCAUCGAUAACACAUAAUAAUAGUAUAUAUUAUACCAUCUGAAAUGCAUUUAUAUAUUUAUUUUUUUUUGAUAAAAAUAACAAAACUACAAAAACGUAUAUCUGUUCCUUUUUAAGAAGAUUUUCUCGUAGGAUAAAGGUAUUUUAACGAGUAUGAUAAUAUUUAAUACAUGGUUUUUGAAAUAAAAUCUCGUAGUUUUGAUGUACUAAAAACAACAAAAAUAAAAAAGUGCAUUAACUUACCGGAACUUCUUGUCGAAUAAAUAGUAUUUGGAUAUAUAAGUAUAUACACCGCUGUAGUUAUCGCAAUAGUUUAUUUUUUUCUGUUGUACAAUAAAUAGUUGAUAUAUGUUGAACUAAUAAUGUAUUUUUGAUACAAAAAAAUCAGAUUAAAAACAAUGGUUCGAGUUGAGAUAAAAUUUCAAAAAAAAUGUCACACGUCUAACGUCUAUUAAUUCACGACAUAACUGUAUAACGGUAUAUCUACCGUAUUAGUCAGGAAAAAAUUCCGGCGAUACUUAUAAGUUUUAUUAUAAUCGACUAUUUAUUUUCAGAAUUUUUUGAAAUAUUAAAAUUCACCGAAACAACCGAAAUAACCAAUUAAACAAAAGGUUUCAUGGGUGGGGAGAUGCACGUGCCCUCAGUGCCCCUCCUCUAGCUAUGGCACUGUCUCACGAUAAUAAUAUAGGUGCUAAAAAAUGCGAAUUAACAACAAUACCGAAGGACAAUAUUACAUAUUUAUUAUACAAAUAAAUUAUUCGUAUUAUGUAAAUGGAUGAAAUAAUUUUUCAACACACAAAGCACCUUACUUAGCUUGUAAAAAUUAAAAUAGAGUUUAUGAAAAAAAAAAAAAAAUUGGAAUUUGCAAACUUUUGACGAGUAAGUACAAUAUAAUUUGUAUAUUUGUAUUUUUUAGAUAUAUCGAAAUGUUCAAAUAUAGUAAGUCCACUUGUAUCUAAAUCGCAAAGAUUCGCAUAACAAGCUCGUAUUGAAAAUUAUUGCGAUUUUAUGUAUUUAUAUUUUAUAUUUUUUUAACCCAUAACCUCCCAUCGUUAUAUAUGUAUAUAUAUAUAUAUAUUGUGUACUAUUUAAAAAAAAUCUGAGAUGCCUAUAUUAUAAAAACGUAUUUUACAAUUAAUAAAGGUAGGUAAAUUAAUUUCAAAUAAUAAUAAAAUUAAUAGAGACGAUGAGAUUAUAUUAAUUUUGCAAUGUAAUACUAUUACGAUUUUGGACUUUGAAGUUAUAUCAAUACAAUUUGGAUUUCAAUCGUAAUAAAUUAAUUGCUAGCGAUAAUACCAAUAGGUAGUGAAAAAAAAAUUGUUUACGUUUUAAAAACACCGUUUAGACUUUAGCCGUUAAAGUGUUUAAUAAAAAUAUCACUUUUAAAGUCGAUAUACAUUUCAAUUUUCUCAUCUUUGUAGUGUUAUUUCGAUUUUUUUUUUUCUUUUAGCGUACAAUGCCGUUUUAAAAUAUUAUAAGAAAGUAAUAUUAUUUAUCAUUUAAUAAUGAUAAUGUCUACUGGUUAUACUUAUGUACGCGUAUAGAAAUCAAAAAAUAUUUAAAGUAUUCAUCGCUAUUAUACUAUAUUGAAUAUAAUAAAUCAUGAAUUUCCACAAUCAUUCAUUUAUUCUGUAUAAUAUGGUUUACACUAUUUAGUAAGUAGAUGCGAAUCAUAAUGUAAAGACCGUCAAAUAAAAAAAAAAAGUUUUAUAUUAAAUUUUAUUGUGUUACAUACGAUUGAUUUCUGUCAUAUUAUAACAGUACAAUAAUUCUAAAAAUUUUAAAUUGUAAAAGGUGCAUUUAUUUAUAGAGUAAAAAUAUACUUAAAUUUGAACAUAAUUUCAAGUGGUAAAUUACGAGAACGAUGAAAACACGCGGAAGUGCCAGGAGUAUGAUGGGUUUACUCAUUGGCAUAGCCAAGGGGAGCUAAGGGGACUAUAGCCCCACCCAAGGGCCGUGUUAUGCAUAUUAUUUUGCGGCUUAAGAGUUCACUACUUUUACAGUUAUUUCUUCCACUCCUGGAAGAACCUUUUCUACAGUGAAUUGUAUUAUUUAAGAAGGAGUACGAAUAUCAAAUUAGCAAAUAGGAAAAAUUGAAUGGCCAUGGCUAAUUUAUUUAAAUUAAAAAAAUACACAAAUGAAAAUUAAUAAUUUCUGUCUUUGCUCAAAGUUCUUCUAGACGAAUGUAGCUAUCAAAGGGGUAUAGUAUAGUUUCCGCAAGAUAUUAUCCCGAGGUAGUAUUAUGCAUAAUAAUAUUAUACUCCCAUUUUAUCGUUAAUUUUUUUUUUUUGUCAGUUUUUGUUUAAAUUACUGCAUUGAAAUGCGCAAGCGACGAAACCUAACUCCUCCGAACCCACACGAUUAAAUUUAAACCGUUCUUAGUUUCCCUAUCAAAUACAAAAUUCUGGCUUCGCUACUGGGUUUUUCGCUACUUGUUCCAGUUUUGUCCAUAAAAAUGAAAAAAAACCCAAUCAAAAAAUGUUGAUUAAUAAUAUAUUUUAACGUAAAACCAUUACCCGGCGAAAUAUCUCAAUAACAAACUGUAGAUUAAUGAACACGAACUGUACUAUAGAUAAGCUGUAAACCCAAUAAUAUUACAUUUUGAUUACACCUAUACGUACCAUAGGUACAUGAUACAAAUUUUAACGGUUACUACUAAUUUAAUAUUAAAUCAACGACCGCAAAUUUGAAUAUCGGCGUACCUACUGAUAGAAUGGUUAUUAUUAUUAUUAUAAUUAUCAUGUAACAUGCGUUAUGUCAAUACAUACCGUCUACACCUACUAUAAUAAUAUGCAUUUGAAUUUCGUAUAAAAAAAAGUAUGUUUUGUUUUAUAAAACAAUGUAAAACCAAUGUAUGUAUUUAGUUUUAUCAUCGAGCUUAACAAAACCAAUAAUAUUGUAAUAUUGUUUUCAAUUAAUUAUCGCGCGAAUUGUAAAAUAAAGAAUAUGCCUGAAAAAUAUAUCGUAUUAUAUUGUGAUAGGUAUACCGCAUGUUUUCAUAAUAAUAACGAUUAUAGUAUAUAUAUACACCGUGGAUAUAAACCUAUAGUUAAAAAAUUAUUUAAAUUGGUUACGCUCGUAUGCGAUGUGACGGCGAGAAUACAAAAAAAAAAAUCAGUUUUACCGAUUUCUGAGCAACAAAUAAUAAAUGAACUGCUAUAUAGACUAUACUCGCGUUAGGACCUUGAAGUUUAUAGGUACCUUGCAUACAAACUUCCGAAAAAAAUAAAAAAGAAACUUCUUCCACGUAUUAUGUGAUGGGUGUAGGUACCUUACGUCGAUUUUAUAAUAAGUACACCGAAAUCAAUGCUAACGGGGUACCUUUGAAGUUUGCAUAUUGUUGAGAUAGGCUUCUUUUUUUUUGAAAAUAUCGUCGUGCCGUACGCCAUUAUGCAUACGAUUAUAAUUUAAUAAUACAAUACGGCACAUCUGCCAAAAAUUAAUCGAUCCCCCGCUUGGAACGUCCUGUAUAUAAUUAUGCGCAAUACAAGGUCAAGUGGUAUUAUAAUUUUGAAUGUACUCCCAUCAUAUUAUGACAAAGCGAUACGAUGUAUUGUGUUAUAAAUAUAGAUAUGACACUAUAUUCUCAGCGGUGGCGUGGCCGAAAUUUUGUUCUGGAUAGAGAACUAAGAAUGUUUUCGCUUUCAAUCAUGGGGGUUCGGGGGAGCUCAAUCUCAAUACAAAUUUUAAAAGGUUGGGUUAUAUCAGUUGCGCAUUUCAGCGCAAGAGUUUAAACAAGAACGGAUAAAAAAAACUUGAUAAAUGGGAAUAUAAUAUUAUGUAUACUGUUUCGGGAGUCGGGAUAAUGUCUUUAGAGGGAUUGGUUAAGUUAGGUUAGGUUGGGAGGGGUUGAUACAAAAAAAAUCUUUGUCCGAUAUCAAUGUUCAUUUAUUUUAAUUGACUUACAUACCUAUUAUUUUUUGUUUUACUUGUCUGGAUGAAUGCAUAUCUAUGUUUUAAUCAACAAUAAAACUUAAGUUUAAUUUAAAAAUUUUAACACAAAAUCUACUUUUCGCAGUUUAAACUCGGAGUCUAAGGAGGUUCAGACUCACUGAACCCCCCGUAAACCAUCAUUGCACUGGGGGGAUCAUACAUUUCCAAGGAGGUAUGCCAAAGGAAAAGCUGGAUCUAGGAAUUUUACACUUGGGAAAAUAAUUACGAAAAUACGCUCAAUGAAGAUUUGUUUUUGCAGCUCAUUAAAAUAUUAUAUUUUUUUUAAAUUUUACCGUCAACAAAAUGACUCAUGACCAUAUAUUAUAUCGUAUCGCACAUGGUUAAAAUAGUAAUGUAAUACAUUUUUAGGGAGCGUUAAACAUUUGUCUGCUCGGUAGGAGUUAUAACCCCUACCCCGCUCCCCCACGGUCACCCCUUUGAAAUAAACCCGGGAAUAAUAAUCAUAAACGAAUAGUACGCGGUAUAUCGUACUCCGUACCCGAUUUGAACGUCGGAAUUCAAAAGCCCGAUCACGAAAAAAGUCGAAUUUUCGAUUAAUCAUAAUGAAUCGAGCUUUUUCUAGUGGUUCGGCUGAAAUAUCGUGUCAUACAAUUCAAGAAUAAAUUAUCACCAAAUAAAUGCUUAUAAUUGUUGUGUUUUCAAGCCAACGAGAGGAGCUCCAGCCAUAACCCCUACCCUUACAUCCCCCUUGCACGCCGCUGAUGCGUAUUAAAUAAUAUCAGGUACCAUAGCUACGCUAUGCGGUAGGUGCGCAUCGUAUUUUGUGAUACACGCGGUAUAUUCUGUAAUAUCCUGUCCAAAUAAUAACACUAAACUACAAUGUUAUUUCAGCGCGUACAUUAAUAGUAUGAUGAUGACUUAUGAUGAUGGCAUUCGGGACGUGCCCAAUAUUAUUUUCGUGUAUAUAGAAGUAGUAUCUGUCUAUACAUUAUUAAUUAAUAUAGGUGCGCGCACAUAAACCAAAUAUAACACGCGCCGUAAUAUCACCGUAACAACAGUGUGCUCGUGUCGGAGGGGAGUAGAUAUAAAAUAAAUGUGUUUAUGCGACAGAGGUGUAAAAAUAAAAUCCGACCGACUUUGUACGUAUAAUAUGACCAAUGUAUAGGUAAUAACACGGUAUAGAAGAUCCGCACAGUCCGAUCGAUUCACGAGUACAUUAAUUGUUAUUAUUUGAUGAGCCGUAAAAAAAAAAAAAUCCACGUUCUUUAACUUUCAUUAAAACAUAUAUAUAUAUUUUUCUUUUUUUUUUGGGGGGGGGAGGAAGAGUUGAGUCUAUCCAUUAAACGAAUUCCGUUUCCGACCAUCGCAACUCAUCUAAAAAUCGAUCCUGUUUUACGCGUCACGACGGCUUCUAGGCAGGUUUUUUUCCUCGCGGUCAUCCUUUUCAAUAAAUUACCGUUCUUAUCAUUGUAAAAUGUUUUACGCUGAUGUAACUACACAUUGUAAUAUUAUCGUUUUACAUUUACAGUGGACGCGUUCGGACAGAUACCAUCAGAAAAACGGCAAUACAAAUCACAAGAACAAUAACAAGUAAGUGAAAUUACGUGUAUAAUACCCAUACGGUUUUUGACGAGAUAACCGAAGAAACGUAAAAAAUGUUAGUUUUUCCUGAAUAAUUACCGAUUACUCUGACGCUCACGAUUUGUCUGGGCAUAAUAAUUAUCUGUACGGUUAAAAAUCGAACGGCACGUAGUGUAGAGACGAUUAGAUUCAAUCGUCAUAAUAAACUCAAUAACAAUACAAAAUAAAAAAAUAACGGCGAAUAAAAUCAUAUUGUAGGUGCCUACGUAUUAGAGAGAAAGUUUGUAAAAGUAUGUUUUUUCGUUUCCGUUUCGCGGAUCUAUGUUUAUAACGGAAAUUAUACAUGUAAGUACGUCCAAUUUUUUUUCCAUAUAAUAUAAGUAAUGUUUUUCACAAAAUUUGCUGGUAUGUGCGCAACUAUACGCAAACGGGUACAUAAGCGUCGCACACGCUGACGAAGGCCCGGUAGGUUCGGUACAGUGCCGGAUAGACAACGUAACGCUCCACAGAGUUCUAAGGUUUUCACCGGUCCAAAAUCGUACAAAAUAAUGUAAAUUAAAUUGAAAACAGAUAUAAUUUUGGUUGACCCACGGAGAUUUUCUCGGUAGCUCUUUGACACUCAAUACUUUUUGUGGGUCGCGUUGAACUCCGGUUUUCAAAAUUCAAAUUCCAAAAAACUAUGGUUAUUAAAAGUGUGGGCAUUUUUGUUUUUUUUUUUUUUAAAUUUUUUUUUUUGUUAAUGCAUACAGAUUAAUCCAAAACCAGAGUUCAAUACAUUCUGUACACAUUUUUGGUCUCUAAAAAUAAAAUUAAAAUUGAAAUCGGACAAUUUUACAACAUCAUAUAUAAUAGUUUUUCCUGUAAAGUCAAGAGUCAAAAAGUAUCUCUUCCCCAUGAAUGGGUACCGUGUAGUAGAUUAGUGAAAAAUUCUUAUCUUUAAGGGGGGGGGGGUCAUUCAAAUGUUAAAAACUUGUACAAAAUCGGUGAGCAUCCGGAAAACCCGUUCCUAAGCCUAGUAUACAACCACUACCUACUUUUAAGUUUCAAAUGGCAACCUAUGUUACAAAUCCCAUAAAUAAAUGGCUUAUUAUUUAAAAUAAAUUUUGUUGACAUUUUUGAUUUCCGUUAACUCCGACGAGUUAUUCCACUUUUAAGUUUGGAUUGGAGGAGAGUAACGGAGCAUUAUUUAAUAUUAAAAAUGUCAACACCAAAAUGUAUUUUAACUAAUACUUCGUCUAUUUAUGGAAUUUUUAACAUAGGUUGUUAUUUGAAAAUCAAAAGUAGAUAGUGAUUUUAUCCCCAAAAAUAAAGGUGAUAAAAAAGUAAUUGAAUCAUAAAAUUUUAGAGCAGCAUGUUUCCUAAAUAUUCUAGAAAACAAGUUCCGGAAAAAGUUAAUAUUUUCCGAAAUAAUGAGUGUCUUACGAUAGUUCGAUCACUCUGUAUAUUAUCAUACAGGCCAAUAAUUAGUCAUGACUUAAGAGUGACAAUUAACUUAUGACUUAUAAGUCAGUGAGUCGCGAAUAAUUUAAUGUCCAAAAUAAACCUGCGUAGUUAUCUGUACGUAGAAAAAUAACCGAUAAAUCAGCCGCGGACAUUACGUAGGUCAGUAAGAAUGCUAUAGGUACGCCAGUAUAUUAAACCACAGGCCGAAAUCGGUAUCUGUCUGCCGUAAGUUCGAAUUCGAACAACCUUCGUCUUUUUUUUUUCUAUUUUUUUUUUCAUAAAUUAUGUUUCAAAAGUCCGUUAUCAAUACACCCGAAUUGCGUUUAUUUUUAAACAUAAUAAUGUGUGCCAUUUUAUCGAUCCAAUGUUGCGUUCAAUUCCGGUAGGUACCUACGUAUACAUUAUAUUCCGAAUUAUUUUAAGACCAUUUUUUUUUUUUGAAAAUUCGGAUAUUCUCCAGUCGGACACUGACAACAAUGAUAAUGUUACCAAAUUUUCGAAUAUAGAAUGCUAGUACCAUAGAGACCGUAUUAUGGGGUCACGCGCAUUAUUCUAUAAUAUCAGCUAUGCAAUCUAAUCUAUAAUUUGUACCGCGGAACAAGAAUAUCGUACAGGUACUAUGCAGUACUGCAGACUUUGGUUGAAAAAUUAAUUAUUCUUCCCGUAUUCUGAUUUACGUGUACCUUUUUGUGACCGGUCCUUUUUGGUCCCCGACGUCCUCACCCGUUUUUCUUGACACGCACGCCUCAGUCCGAGAUUACCGUAUAUGUCAAUACGAUACGAUUCGCGAUACCUAAACCGUUUUGACGUUAAAAUAUACACAAUAUAUAAUAAUAAUUACUAUCGGAAAAUUUGACGUUAGUAGUUUUGGAUGUGUCCCCCCCCCCCCCCCCCCCCNCCCCCCCCGGAAUCCGAUGUUUCGAUUGCGGGUCGUGGGCUGUGCUCUCUCCGCGCUUCUCUAUUAAAACUCAAAUACUUCAACGGCGUCGUUUAAAUAACUUAUUGCUAUAAAACUCGGAUGUUUAUGAUCACAAUUGCUUUAAAAUAUGCAAUUAUAUAUUCUUUAUAAUUUAUUUUAUUUUAUUUAUUUUCUAUAGAAUAAUAUGUAUCAAAUAUACUUAUUUUUCAACAGAUAUAUGCAAAAAAAGGUAUUAAUAUUAAUUUAAAAUAAGUUAUAUACGAUUUUAACAGUGCAUGCAAUAAAUAUACAUUUUUUAACUACAAAGUUUGACAAAAAACUGGUUUAAUAUUAAUUCAAAAUAAAAAAAAAAAAAUAAUUUAAAAAUAUAAAUAUUACAUAGGUUAAAUACAUUAUUUGGUUAAUAGUUACCGUGCACAUUUGUAAUAUUAUAUUUAAAAUGGUACUAUUAAUCAAAAUUGAAUCACUAAAAUGCUACUAAAUCUAGAAAAAAAUCAAUGUAUGCGAAAAUGUCAAAUAUACAAAUAUAUGCAAAAUAAGUUUGCAUAUUCGAAGUCUAGACUUCAUGAAUCGAAUUUAUGUCAUAUUCGGGUAUAAUUCUGAUUUCACUAAAAAAAAAAAUAUGCAAAGUCAUGAACGUCCGAGCUCUUAAUUAUUGUACGUUCCUCGAGAUAUUUUGAUUAUUUCAAAUAUCCGGAAAAGAAAAAAAAGAAAAAAGAAAAAGGUAAAUAUUAAUUUGCAUACACUUACCCGCGCUAUAUGCACAUUAAUCGUAUUAUAGUCGGCGCUUAAAAUUAAAAACGCUUUUUGAUUGAGAUUCGCGUUUUAUAAUCGUGAUUAUAAAAUACGUCUGUAUACCUGUAUACAUGUAUAUAUAUACACGCUAUACGAGUAUAAUAUUAUAAUAUCCCCGUACACAAACAUUUUACUUUUAGAGCGUAAUUAAUUGAAUGUUUGCUCGCGAAUAAUAAAAAGCCAUUAUAAUAAUAUUGUACGCGGGCGAAUAUUAAAAUCGAGUGGAAAAUAUUAUUUUAGUAUAAUAUUACCUACGUAAUCGACGACGGGCAAAAGCGAACGGUGUAAUUUUUUUUGUACGAUCGCGUGCGUACACACAACCCACCUUAUAGUAAUAAUUAUAACAAUAACGCGUCCACGGUGAUAAUAAGACGGUUACCUCACCUACCUACCCGCCUACCGGAGUUAAAACACUAAUUAGUGAUUAAAAGACGAAUUAUAUUAUGAUAAUAUACGACGUCGCACAGUGUUAAUGUAUUGUAAUUUAUGUGAAGGUGGGGGAAUCGGACGGAAAAAAAAAAAAAACGAAUAAAAAUAAAUUCGAAAUCAUACCGGCCGUGUUCGAACCGCGGUGUAUCAUUAUAACGUUAAAUGUCAACAUACGUUCGAAAAGUUAUCGAAACGAGAAAAAAAAAAAAAGAAAAAGAAGAGAGACGGGCAUGUGUUACGUUUAAAAACUUUUUCAAAUCUAUUCGCUGUGCACCGCGCGCUGCUGUGCGAUGGCGUACGGUCAUACAUCGACCGUUCGUGGGAGAAAAAUCAAAAAAUCAAAUAAAAAAAAAAAAAAAAAACAACCGUAAUUUCACUGAAAGUCAAAAGUCAACGCACACUCGCCGGACAGUUCGAUACAAUAUAAUAACAGGUUUUCGUUGUUAUUGAACAAAUCCGACGGCGUACAAAAUAAUUAUUGUUCAUAUUGAAUCGUUUCCCUCUUAGGCUUCGUCCCGCGCCGGGCGCACAGAGGUCGUCCACCACCCUACGACGGUCGGGUACGUCUCCCCGUCCGUGGCCGUUUCUCGUACGCUUUUUCUCCGGCCCCUUCUUUCGUUCGCCCGUACACGUAAUAACAUCGGCGUGUCAGAUCGCCAAACGGUCUUCUUGACGGCAUACCCGCAGACGAUAUUGUGCGCGCGGACAGAGGAUCACCUAACGCGCACGGUAUAAUGUUUCCGAAGAGAAUACGCGGCACCGGUUACACGUGAUUACAGUAUAGUGUCUCGCGGUCCCGUAGAUUAUCCAAAGUCGUCAAAAUGACGAUGGCGAUUUGUUUGACAUUUUUUCUAAAUGACCCGUGAAAUGACCUACAACUAUACUAUUUAUUUUAUUUGUAUUAAAUACGAUUUCAUUAAGGAAAAAAAAACAAAUGUAUUUUUAGUUUUUAAAAUUGCGGUGUAAUCACCGAUCACUCAUUACUUCUUAGUAGAGACGUUACGAACCCUGAUAUUACGAUACCCUUAAAAUUAACGAAUCCCGAGAGAACCGAACUUUUAAAAUAUCUUAUCGAACUCGAACAUUAAAAAAAUUAAAACAAAAGGUUAGGUUAGGUUAACCUUUACGACUUUUACCAAUUUACGAUUGUGAGCCCCACUAAUGCGAAAAAAAUUGAAUUUUUCUUUUUCGUAACAGGGCGGCUCUGACCUACCACAGAGCAUCGAAUGAUUUUCAAACCGAGUAUUCGGUAUUCGGUUUCGUUCGAUUAUUUUCGAUUUUUGAACAGUUCGGGACACGUCUAUUUGUUACUUAUCUUUAUCGACGUUACCACAAGUCAUAACCGGAUAUGACCAUUGCAAUAACGUAUCAUAUUCAUUUUAGGCGCACGCCAAAUGAUCUAAAGUUCUAUCCGUGUAUGUAAUGUUAUCUACACUUCUACGUUUCUCGUUCUAACAGUCGUACAGUGCGUACCAUUGCGAUCCGUGGCGUUCCGUUCUUAGAUUCUGAGCCCAGUGAUAGGAGCAUAUCGGUGUUUCACCACGAUGUGUGUCAUUCACGAGUUUUUUUUCUUACCAGAAAUAAUAAAUAUCGUUUUGUUUCGCAAGUGCAGCGGUUUUUAUGAAAGAAAAUCGGACCCAGCAAGUGUAGGUGUUGCAGAGAACGUAAUUUUCCGCGAAGUGUUCUUAAUAAUUGGAAAUAACGUUAGAGGAAAACAGGGAAAUACUACGACAAUAACGGUUUUAAUUGUUUUCACAGAAUACACGUAUAUUAGCCUUUUCAAGUGUCUUUUCUAAAGGGUAAUUUCGAUCUAUUUACUGCAAGCAUUCGACGUUUUUGACUUUUCAUUAAGUUUUAUGCGGACGCAAUUAUUUCAGUCAAACGCUUGACAUUAAUAUUUUCAUACCACGUUCAAUGAUGUUUAUCAUGAGUUGUACGAAACGAUAAAAAAAAAAAAUCGUAACUUAGUAAUUUUUUUUGUGUUUUGUUUUCGGUUGUAAACGGUUAAAUGUCUGAUAGACGCUUUUGAGCACGUACUCGUGAUUCCCAUCGGAGACUGUUUUGUCGAUUCGUCGCGGAUAAGUCCAGGGGGCAGUACCCGGGGGUUACGAUUGAUCGGCCGAUUUGCCGGACGAACGGCAAGCGAAACCGACGAAAUUAAAUUCACAAAACAAUGGCCAAUGACGUUAAAUUAUAAUCACAAUAAUAAUAGAGAUACCUGCCUACCGAACGGUUAAUACAAUUUGACGGUUUCCGCCGGAAACUUCUGAGGCGUCGUCGAAACGUAGUUUUAUUACGUACGGACAGUCGUUACGAGAAGUUUACGCGGAGUUUUCUCCGCGGCCGCGUUUAUCGGAGACUUAAAACGAAAAAUAAAUAAACGCUAAGCCGACAACGGGUCCUCCCGUAAACCCGUACCGAUAAAUUGCCCCCUCCCUCCCUUUCCCCCUCGAUUAUAUAACUCCGUCAACAUCGAGUCACUUCGCGGGACUAUAUAAAAAGUCUCCGGCCGUAUCGCCAAUUUUAUCGCCCCGUUUACUGUGCCGGGAUUGGUCGCUAUUGUCACAAAAUUGUUAACGCACGUGUCCCCUCGCGGUCUGUCGUCUGCGUACCAGUGACAAUAUUAAAUUGUCGCGUUCAAGCUAAUAAUAAAAUUAAAAAAAAAAAAAAACGAAAAACGCGACGACGUUGAAAACAACGGAUUAAAUACACGUGUGCGACACGUAAUUUAAGUUUGAGGUUUUCGACAUUAUGUUCUUAACAUUUAUUAAGAGUCUUUUAAAAAAAGUAAGGUAAAAGUUUUGUUAUACCAAUUAUUUUCCAUUUUUUGAAAUCGGAGUUCAAUGUAGCCUGUAGAAUAUUGUUCUUUAUAAAAAAAAAAAUGUCAAUGAAAAUUGACAGUGAGUUAUCACUUUUUCCUUGAAGUUAUUUUCUUUAGAAAAAACAGUCUCGCUCCUUCCCUCUAAAUGGGUAUUGGGUAGUUACUACCCAAAAUCUAUUACCCGGGAGUAGAUCAGUAGAAAUUAAGAUGGCAAUUGAAAUGUUAAAAGUCAUUUUUAAAUUUUUCGAAAUUAGGGAAAAUUUUAAAAACUUGCACCAGGUUGUAUUAUAUUAUAUAGGUUUUCUACAGUGAUAUGAUAUUUCGGAUUUCGGUUUUCCCGUCAUUAAAUCUGGAAUAGAUUUAUUUUAGAUUUUUAUAUUUUGAGCAGAGCGAGGAAUGUAUAGGUUUUGCACAAAAUGAUUAUUUUUUUUCCAUAAACAACUUUUUUAUUAGCAAUUUUGCUCCGAUUUUCCGAAGUAUAGGAACUUUUAUAAAAGGAAAUUUCUGUAUGGUGAUGCUUUAUGCCAGUCAUUCUUUGAUUUUUCCAGGGUUUUUCAUAGUAAAUGGGAAGAACAGGAAAAUUUACGAAAUGUCUUAUUUUUGUAUCGUAAAUAUUAUACGGUCUUCCAAAACAUGUACAACCAAACUUCGCUCAGAAUCUUUUUUCGUUGACAAUGAUUAUUCGUUGCGUACAAAUGAUAAAUAUACAUUCAAUUUUCCCUCUAUAGGUAUACCUUCUCAACUUUUCACCUAUAACAGCGACCUAUCAAUCGUGGGAAGUAUGUCCGUUCGUUUUCCUUCAUUAAUAUUUUAUACUUUUAUAAUCACGAUGAGUUUUUUGAUUGCGUAAUUUAUUAUUUUACAUAUUAUAUUAAAAAAAAAAAAAAAUUUGUCGUAGUAUUUGUAAUUAUAAAAAAAAAAAAUGUAUGAAUUUAUCUAAAAUCAGAAUUUAAAAACCCAAGACUCAUGGAUAUUGGAACGGAAAAUUCGGGAUUCUCGUACUUCGGCAAAUCCGUAUUUUCCUCGUCAUUAAUGACACAUUAAUACUAUAAACCGUUAUCAUUAUAAGCGUAAUAAGAUAUAAUCUGUAUAUUGUUUUUCGGGUUUUCAGGAGGAGCAAAAAGAGACCGAUCAUUAGCGGACCGUUUCCGGCCGACCUCGACCAGCUGCAGGGCGAAAAGUGGCGGUACGUAAUACUGACCCGGUUGGACACGGAACCGCCGCCUGAGCGGCCGCCGCGGACGAGGCGCCGUCGGCCGCAGCGUUCGGAGAUCACGACGGUCGGCCGCGUCUGGGGCUCGGUGCGGCGGCGGUCCCGCGGCGCCCGGGACAAUUUCCAAAGGCGGUCCGGACGGCAUGCAGCCGCCGCCACCGCCGCCGCCGCCGCCGUCGUGGCGAACAACCGCGGCCGUCACGGGAUCUCCGCCGCGGAACUGAUGGACCUGGUCGUGCAGGUGUACCGCCGUCGACCUGCCGGACUGCAGUUACCGUUGCCCGCGCCGCCGGCCGCGGCCGAUCACCGCCGCGACACGGCGACGGAACGGACGUCCGUCAAGGCGUUCGCGGUCAAGCGGUACGCGUCGCCGUGGUUGUCGCGGUGGUCGCGCGAAACCGCGGCGGCACCGUCCCGGAAGACGGCCGGCCCGCUCCGGUACGGGUUUUUCCAGGCCGUGGGCCGCUUGAGCUCGAUGACCGACAAUCUGCUGUUGUGACGCGACAGCGGCUGGCGGUACGCGCUGCCCGCGCGGUACACGCCCGCGGGCAACGCCCGACUCCGGGCGACCGUUGCCGCCGCCGCGCGUCCAAACAUCAUCGUGGUUCCCUUAGCCGUUAUGCUCGCCGACAAGCGGUCCGAAUAACGCGCGUAUUCACUAUUUAUCGUUAUGUUAUGCCCUUAUAAAUUGUACCGGGGGAGGGGGAAAACCGCUUUACCAAUGACGUACACUUCACACUGUAACUAUAGUUUUAUGUCUAUUUGUACUAAUGAUAGCUUUGAAGUACGAUUUUCGCUAAAAUUAAGAAAUCAAUUCGAAUUACGAUAACGGUUAAACAUUGACGUAAGACACGUCAAUCGGACCUGAUUACGUAGUGUUAUCACCAAUAUAUAUAAUAUAUUUUGUUUGAAUUGAUUUGCAUCAACUUAACCAGCCUUCCCUAAUCGCGUCGCAGUAUAACACGGUUACCGAAUCGAAGUUCCCGCCCCCCCCGCCAACAUUUAAGUAUUUGGUUCCCGAAAACUGUUCCGUUUUUCUCGAAAUAGUCGCCGAACACAACGGUCAUGUUGUUAAGUUACAGACAAAUUGUUAACGUAUAAAAAAGUACAACGGUGCACGGGACGAGGCGUUGCGACCGUCCGCGGCUAUCACUUUGAAAAUCCAAUCGCUUCCGUUUUAAUCAAAUCUAACACUGACUUUCUAUUUUCGGGUACAACGACGUAUCGGUCAACGGGCGUUAUCAGCGUUCGGGGCGAAAUAUCGAGAAUCACGACGUAUAAUAUCUACGUAUAUAAUAUAUAUAUAAAUUAGAUUUUUCCGAUUUCGUCACCGCGGGG